AUCAGGUGGCUCGAUAAGUACGAUUUGAUAUGACGAGGUGACACCGAUCAUUCGAGACAGUUGUUCAUUCGAUUUGGAAAAGGGAAUAAUGCCAAUGGACACCUAAACAUCCCGCGAAUGUAUCCGACAGUCGGGGACGAGCGAGGCGAGAAAGAAGGAACAAUCUGCGACGAAGCUACUUCGGUUUACAGUCACCGUUGCAAAGCUACACGGAAAGGAUUUACGGUGAAUACCGUCGAUUGUCUAUAACGCUAAAAGAGAUAAUGUACGAUCGAGCAUCUAACGCGCGGGAAGAUAUCCAUUGUGCCGGUGCGGAGAUGAGGAUACGCACCGCCGAAGGGUGGUAUUUAUCACAUUGAUCUUGUCUCGCUUGCGAUAAUAGCAGCGUCUUGAAGCUGCGAGUCCAAUUCUCGUCAAUCGCGAUACGGAAUCGGGCGAUUUCGGGACGUCCCUUUCGGCGUGAAUCUCUCGAUCAGUAGCUGAUCUCCCGAAUAUACCGGCAUUAUGACGCGGCCGCGAGCGCUCGGUUGUAUUCUCCUCGCGCUGUGUUGCGCCCUGAUCUCGGCGGAUGAACGGUAUUGUGCGUGGUACGGUGAGUGCGGAUGGGGGACCCUCUCGCCGCGGACCUGCGUGGCGAAAAAUGUCGUCGCCCGGCCGGUCAACAACGCGACUUCCGAGGCCCUUCUGCGGAAGAGGUGUCCGCACUUCUUCGAGGACGAAACAGAGUCGCCGAUAACAUGCUGCGACGCCGCUCAGAUCGUCACGAUGGACUCGAGCAUGAAUCUGGCGGAGAACGUUUUCGGCAGGUGUCCGACCUGCGUAAAGAACAUGUAUCGACUGAUCUGCGACACGACUUGCAGUCCCGAGCAGAGUCGAUUCGUGAGGGUGACCAACAGCUCCGAAGAAAAUGGCAUGGAGUACGUCGUCGAAUCUGAGAUUCAUAUCACGGAAAAGUUCAUAAACGACACGUACGAAUCCUGCAGAAGCAUCGUCAAUCCUACUAGCGGAAAUUUGGCCAUGGAUCUGGCCUGUGGCUCGCACGGAGCCAGCAGGUGCACCCCAAAACUGUGGUACGAGUUCAUGGGCGAUCACAAGUCGAACCCUUUCACGCCCUUCCAGAUGACAUACGUUUACGACGCAGCUGACAAAUGGGGCGAUGAGCCGUGGAAUGCUACAGCGAAAAAUUGCAACGAGACUUACGGCAACUCGUCCACGGUCUGCAGCUGCGUCGACUGUCCCAUUGCGUGUCCCGUUACGAAGUUAAACGUCGUCGACGAUAUGUUCAUGAUCGGCGAUCUUAAUGGCUACGGCGUCGUAGCGGCUAUACUCGUCAUUUUAAUCACAAUUGUAGCCGGUGGCACGUAUACUUUGUGCAGAAACCGUAAGAAAGGUUCUAUCCGAACGCCAGCGAAAAAGAAGGCCAGAGACUGCAGUCAAAGCUAUCAAAAAGUCUUCGAAGUGGUUUUUACUGCGUGGGGAACAGCAUUCGCCAAGUAUCCUAUUAUCACACUGUUCACGGCCUCGUACAUCGUUGUUAUUCUGGGUCAUGGAAUCGCCUAUCUUUCGGUGACGGUAAACCCCAUAGAAAUAUGGGCCGCGCCGAAUAGCAGGUCGAGAAUAGAAAAGGAUUUUUAUGAUAAUCGAUUCCAGCCGUUCUAUCGCACCGAGCAAAUCUACAUAAAAUCUGUUAAUCGUACAACGGUGAAGCAUAAUACAUCGCUCGGAAUUAUGGAGUUUGGCCCAGUGUUUAACAGCAAGUUCUUGCUAGAAGUGUACGAUCUGCAGCAGCAGGUUCUUCAAAUAGGCCAAGAGACCGACGAAGGACUGGAAAAGAUCUGUUAUGCUCCCGUACGAAGUGAAUUUACCGGGCCGGUAACUCUUGAUCUCUGCACUGUGCAAAGUAUAUGGGGAUAUUUCCAGAAUGACAUUGAAACAUUCAAUAAAACAGAAGUUAUCAAGGGAUAUACAACUGACUACCUGGAUCACUUGUACAAAUGUAUGCAGAAUCCUUUCCAUCCUCAAUGCCUGGCACCGUACAAGGGUCCCAUUUUCCCUGCCAUCGCAAUCGGAGGUUUUUUAAAAGAAGGGACGUUUGAAUAUGAUUCCUCCGAUUACAUUAAAGCAACCGGGUUGGUCUUGACGUUUCUCGUGAAAAAUUCUCUCAAUGAGACGGACCUUGUGCCGAUCAACAAGUGGGAACAACGCUUCCUCGAUUUUAUGGAAAAAUGGAACCAUGAUGGUCGAUCGGCCAACAUGGACGUCGCUUGGUCUACCGAAAGAUCGAUACAAGAUGAAUUAGAUAGGACGUCGAAAGCGGAAGUGAUAACGGUGGUUAUUAGUUAUCUUCUCAUGUUUGUUUACGUUGCCCUUGCUCUCGGCAAAAUCAAGGCUUCUGUUGUUGGCUGUUUCACCGAAAGCAGAAUCGUAUUAAGCGUUGGUGGAAUCAUUAUAGUCAUAGCGUCGGUCGCUUGUUCUCUCGGUAUUUUCGGUUUUGUUGGUGUGCCAACCACUCUGCUCACAAUCGAGGUAAUUCCUUUCUUAGUACUGGCUGUUGGAGUGGACAAUAUUUUUAUUUUGGUGCAACAUCAUCAGAGAAAUCCUCGGCACAUCGACGAGACAAUUCCCGAACACAUCGGUAGGAUUAUGGCUGCAGUCGGACCUUCGAUGCUGCUUACCAGCACAUCCGAAUGUUUCUGCUUCUUGAUCGGAGCGUUUUCUGCGAUGCCAGCGGUCAACACCUUCGCGAUGUACGCCUCGGUAUCGAUUUUAAUUAACUUCUUCCUUCAAAUAACAGCCUUCGUCGCUUUAUUAGCCCUUGAUUCCCGGAGAGCGGAGAAUAAUCGCCUGGAUGUUAUCUGCUGCGUUUCCGUCAAGGAUAACUCGAAUGAAGAGGAACGCGACGGUGUCGUUCAUGCAGCUUUCGAGCGUACCUACACGCCGUUUCUGAUGAAGACGCCGGUCAGAAUUGUCGUUAUAGCGAUCUUCGUCGCCGUUCUCGCUACUCAUAUCAUAGUGUUACCGCAGAUCGAGGUUGGACUGGACCAGAAGCUCUCUAUGCCCGAAGAUUCUUACGUUCUCAAAUACUUUCAGUACAUGGAAGAUCUUUUGUCGAUGGGCCCACCCGUGUAUUUCGUAUUGACGGAAGGUCUGAAUUACAGCAAGAGGGAGGUACAGAACAUCAUAUGCGGCGGUCAAGGAUGCAAUGCGGAUUCCUUGUACACGCAGAUAUAUUCGGCUGCCAAACAAUCCUCCGUGUCCUACUUGUCUAAAGCAGCCUCAUCAUGGAUAGAUGAUUACUUUGAUUGGUCGACGAUUAGUGCCUGCUGCAAAUAUUACGCGAACAACGACUCCUUUUGUCCACACACUAAUCCAUGCAAGCCAUGUAAAAUUAUCAUCGAUCAGAAUAGCUCUCGUCCGGAUGAGACGAGUUUCAGGAAGUAUAUCCCUUACUUCGUAAGCGACGUUCCAGAUGAAAAGUGCGCCAAAGCUGGCAGAGCCUCUUAUUUCGACGCGAUAAACUAUUACUAUGACGAAUUCGGUCUCACCGAUGUGAACGAUUCGUAUUUCAUGGGUUACCAUACGCCCUUAAAGAAAUCAGCCGAUUGGUACGAGGCGCUGCGAGCCGCCAGAAUAAUAUCGGAAAAUAUUACAAAUAUGAUCAACGAUGCCAAGGUGUCCAAUCAAACAGUCCAAGUGUUUCCAUAUAGUGUGUUCUACGUCUUUUAUGAGCAAUAUUUAACCAUCUGGGAGGAAACUUUGUCGUCGAUAAGUUUAUCUCUUGCCGUGAUUUUCGUAGUAACGCUAUUUCUCACAGGAUUGUCAUUGUUCUCUGCGGCGAUAGUCGUCCUUACCGUUUUGAUGAUAAUAAUCAAUUUAGCGGGCCUAAUGUACUGGUGGAACAUUAGUUUGAACGCAGUUUCUCUCGUAAAUUUAGUCAUGGCGGCUGGAAUCUCCGUGGAAUUCUGCAGCCAUAUAGUGCACUCCUACAUCACUUCUGCAGCGAUGACGAGGAUCGGUAAAGCAUCGGAAGCCCUUUCCGUUAUGGGAAGUUCUGUAUUCUCCGGGAUUACUUUGACCAAAUUUGUAGGAAUUGUGGUGCUGGCGUUCGCGAAGUCGCAGAUUUUCCGGGUUUUUUAUUUCAGAAUGUAUUUGGGAAUCGUUCUUUUCGGAGCGGCACACGGUCUAAUAUUCUUACCAGUAUUAUUAAGCUUUAUAGGACCUGUAUAAGAAUAUUUAUUAUAUGAAACCGGUAAGAAAGACCAGCACAGAAGUGCACAGCAAUGGAAGUCGCACCACGGAACUUGUGUGCUUGUUUCGAGAUUGUCAGUAUGAUUAGCGCAGAAAUUAUUUCACGACACGACUAUGAAAUCUUGAUUUCUGUAUCGCUAUUCAUAUACGCAUACCAUUUGUGUCAGACUGAAUACACAGCUGUGUUAGUAAUUAAUACGUCGUCGCCAUGUAUAUAAUCGUACAUUCGUAUAUUGAGCGUGAAUCGAGAUGCGAUCUUUUAUCAAACGUGUUUUUAUUAUGUCGCGUGUAUUAAUAAAUAUUUUGGGCGAGAA